AUGGAAACAGAAAGCGUUAUAAGGGGCAGUGAGGUUGGUGUUGGUGAUUGUGGCAGUGGAGUUAAGUUUCGGAGUAACGUCCAUAUGGAGGAGGAUAUAGAAGACGUAGAUGAUGCAGGUAGUUGUGAACUUGACAUGGAUGUUAGGUAUUUAUCCCCCCUGGAAACAAUUCAUACGACUCACACUGUGGUUGGUAGCAACAAAAUAGCUAUAGUUGUUAAGGAGCCUAAGGAAGGGAUAAUUUUCCACUCUUGGCAACAGGUUGAAGCCUACUAUAAGGACUAUGCUGAGCAGGUGGGGUUUGGAGUGACAAGGGCUCAAGGUGUAAAUUCUAAGACGGGGGACCAAAAAAAAAUCACAGUCAUGUGGAAGUGUGAGUGUUGGGGAAAACCCGGCAUGAAGGCUUGGAGGGAAGCGAAGAAGAGGGCAAAGGCAAUGAGUCAUGGAGGUUCAGGUGGUUUAGUUGAUGGGGUGGUAUGUGAGGAUGAAUUAAGUGGUAUGAAGAGGACUUUGAAAAAGUGCGAAUGUGAGGCCCGUGUUUAUGCUAAAGUUAACGAAAAUGGCUUGUGGGAGUUGAAGAGCGUGGAAGUAAAGCAUAAUCACGAGAUUGAUCCGACAAAUUCUGAGCUUGUUAAGGAGUACCGCAUGAGGCAAAUGACCUCCAAAGUGAAGAAGACGUUGACGGAUUUGUACGAGCAAGGUGUACCAAUUUCUCAAAUACACGGUUUCAUGGCGACCGAACGAAAGGGUAACAUGGCUCUAACAGUAAAAGAUUUACAACAUGAGGUGUACAAGGCUAGGCGGUUGAAGAUGGUUGGAGGGGACUCGGUGGCAAUGAUGGAGUACUUUGACAAAAUGCAAACCGGGAACCAAAAUUUUUUCCAUGCUCAACGUUUGGAUGAAGAAGGGAGGCUUAAGGAUGUGUUGUGGGUGGAUGCAAGAAGUAGGGUAGCUUAUGAGGACUUUGGUGAUGCGGUUUUCUUCGAUGCAACAUACCUAACGAAUGAGUAUGAGCUCCUGUUUGCGAACUUUGUUGGUGUGAACCACCAUGGGCAAUCGUUGUUGUUGGGAUGUGCUCUUGUUUCACAUGAAGACUGCGAUACAUUUGCGUGGAUAUUUCGACAGUGGUUAGCUUGCAUGAACAACCGAGCUCCUAAAGCCAUAUUGACCGACCAAACGGCAGGUAUGCGGAGGCCCCUUGUUGAAGUCAUGCCAAACACGGUGCAUCGUUGGUGCAUAUGGCAUAUCAUGAGCAAGAUCCCUGAGAAACUUGGCAAGUGUGCACGUUACCAAGAGUUCGUCAACCCCCUCAAAGAGCUGGUAUAUGAGAGCUUUGACCCCGGGGAGUUCCAAACCCGAUGGGUAGAGUUUAUUGCUGAGUAUAAGUUGGAGGACAAUGAAGGGCUACAGAGCCUACACAAAGAGAGUCAUAUGUGGGUGCCUGCGUACGUGAAGGAGUUUUUUUGGGCCGUUAUGAAGACCACACAAAGGGUGGAGAGCAUCAAUCGAUUUUUUGACGGCUAUGUGAACCGCAAAACAAAACUCCAUGAGUUUCCUCAAAAGUAUUGCAUGGCCUUGGAUCAACGCGUUUGA